AUAAAAAAAAAACUAAUAUUUUUUUUUAUUUGCGCUUUCCCCCGGUUUACCGGGGGAAAACCAUAUCACUGUUUGUAAACCGGUGUUAUAAUUAGUCGGUAGAGUUUAAACCAGACCAACUUAUCGCUUAAUGCAUGUUAUAAACUUGUUAUUCACGCUCUUAACGCUCAGAUGUGUGUGUAGGCCUGCUAAAAUGUAAAUAUAAACGCGGGACAACACAUGCGCAAUAGAAACAGAGUGACUCCCCGUAUAUAAAGUGUUGGCGCCGGCGCGAGUCCUUCACUUUACUUCAAACUACGCCGAAAGAAAAGCCUGAACAUACAGCAUUACAAGCCCAAUAUACAGCAUAAUGACUAGACGAAGUGGACGCCUUCAAGCUAAAAACGAAAAUGGAGCCACCCAUACAGACAAGAUAGCAAAAGUCAAGAAGGAGCAAUGCAAUAGGAAGAAAGCCCUGACCAAAAUGCUAACUACUGAAACUCAGAACCUAUGGGCUCAUGAGGGACCAUGCAAAGCUGAAGUCAUAAUUGAAACCCCUAUGGAUGGUCUUCAUGAUUCAUUUGAUCAGCCAGGCUUGUCCAAAUGUUCUAGACCAUCACCUCUGCCCCGACUCAGCUGGGGGAGUUCGGAGGACGUGUGGGUUAAGAUGUUGAGUAAGGAGAUCAAGUAUAAGCACAGUAAUACCUGUCUGGAGAGGCAUCCGAGACUGCAGCCCAAGAUGAGAGCAGUUCUACUCGACUGGCUCAUGGAGGUAUGUGAGGCUUAUUUGCUUCACAGACAGACAUUCUACCUGGCACAGGACUUCUUUGACAGAUUCAUGCUUACCCAAGACGACAUGGAAAAGGAGCGUCUGCAGCUCAUCGGCAUCACGGCUCUCUUCAUUGCCUCCAAAAUUGAGGAAAUUUAUCCACCCAAGCUCACGGAGUUGGCCUACGUCACCGAUGGUGCAUGUCUUGAAGAGGAGAUCCUACAAAUGGAGCUUAUUAUGUUAAAGGCAUUAAAUUGGGACCUGUAUCCUGAAACUGUUGUUUCUUGGAUGAAGCUUUACAUACAGAUGGCCUCGGUGUAUGAUUUCACUAAUGUGCUGGUGCCGCAGUUCUCUCAAGAGACGUACAUACAGAUUACACAGCUUUUAGAUUUGUGCAUCCUAGAUAUCAGCUCACUGGAGUUUAAAUAUGGAGUGCUGGCUGCAGCUGCCUUUUGCCACUUUAUAUCUUUUGAAGUUGUACAAAAGGUAUCAGGUUUAACCUGGGAGGCAGUAGAGAGCUGUGUGAACUGGAUGGCUCCUUUUGCAGAGACCAUGAUGGGUUAUGAGAGCGCAAAGCUUAAAAGUUUUGCUAAAGUCUCUUCUGAGGACCGACACAACAUUCAAACCCACAUCAACUACCUCUCCAUGCUGCAUGAAGCACAACAAACACGCACUAUUCCCACAAAUGGCGUCUUUCCCCCUACACCACCAAGCAGCGCAGAGAAAUCCAGCACACACUGAGCGAUCAGUGCUACAGUCUGACCAGUGCUCCUCUCUUCCGUAAAGCUAAAGUCACCAGGCUGAAACAGUCUUCAUUAUGGAGCGGUUGGGAGAUUAUUAUAUUGUAUAAUGUGAAUAGGAAGGUUGACAUUUGUUUUAAAAAAGAGAGAGAGAGAGAGAAGAAGAGAAAAAAAGACUUCCAUAAACUGCUUUCCAUUUCAGCCCAAAACAGUAAAAAUAAAACUUCACUAUAGAUAGAAUUCACUAAGAUAUAAAGCACAUCCUCAGGGAUU